AUGAGCGCAUCCGGAUUCAAUUGGCGCAACCGACAGCUGUUGCGCACCCUCUACUCCACUGUCCUGCGCUCCGGGCGCGAUUGGGAGCGCGAGGUGCUGCGUGGGAGUCCUGUCCUCGCCGAACAGCAAGAGAUUCACAUGCUGGUGUUCGGUUUGCCGCAGCGCGUGAUCGCGCGCCUGCCCGACUCGCUUUCGCUCAGCGGACGCACUCUGACGCAGCUGAUCCCCAUC